AUGAAAGUGGGAGUGAGCAAAGGCUUAGAGAGUUUUCCAGCCUUGCUGGGAUCAGGCAAGUUGCGUAAGGAAGUAGUGGGAGCUGUGGCAGGCCUUGUCCAAAACUUCCAGUGUCAGAGGGACACGGCAGUGUGGCCCGCUCCAGGCUCUCCGCCGCUCCAGCCACUGCCACGAGCCCGUCCGCUCCCGCCCCCGGACCAGCCCCAGCGCCCGCGCCCGUCGCCGCCGCCCGCGGGGAGGAGGAUGGAGAGGCUCUGUGCUGUCAGGGUCCCCGCGCUGCUCCUCUGCCUGGGUUUCCAUCUUCUACAGGCAGUCCUCAGUACAACUGUGAUUCCAUCAUGUAUCCCAGGAGAGUCCAGCGAUAACUGCACAGCUUUAGUUCAGACAGAAGAUGAUCCACGUGUGGCUCAAGUGUCAAUAACAAAGUGUAGCUAUGACAUGAAUGGUUACUGUUUGCAUGGACAGUGCAUCUACCUGGUGGACAUGAGUCAAAACUACUGCAGGUGCGAAGUGGGUUAUACUGGUGUCCGAUGUGAACACUUCUUUUUAACCGUCCACCAACCUUUAAGCAGAGAAUAUGUGGCUUUGACCGUGAUUCUUAUUAUUUUGUUUCUUAUCAUCGUUGUCGGUUCCACAUAUUAUUUCUGCAGAUGGUACAGAAAUCGAAAAAGCAAAGAACCGAAGAAGGAAUAUGAGAGGGUUACCUUAGGGGAUCCAGAGUUGCCGCAAGUCUGAAUUGUGCCAUAAAACUUAUGGGCAGAGAUGAACAUUGUGCCCAGUUAAUAUUAAUAUUCCUAUUUUAUUAAUAAUAUUUAUGUUGGGUCAAGUGUUAUGUCAAUAGCAUUGUAUUUUAAUAUACUUGAAAAAUAAUUUUAUUUUUGUUUUAUUUUUGACAGACUAUUUGUUAAUGUAUAAUGUGCAGAAAAUAUUUAAUAUCAAAAGAAAACUGAUAUUUUUAUAACAGGUGAUUUCCUGAGCUAAAUGCUUCAUUGAAAGCUUCAAAGUUAUAUGCCUGUUGCACAGUGCUUAGAAGUAAGCAAUGCCCAGGUCAUAGCUCAAGGAUUGUCAGCAAAUGACAGAUUUGUGUAAGCCUAAAUAUAUAGUCAAAUCAAUUUAGUAAGUAUAUUUUUUUCUACUCCUCAAAUCAAUGGUAAUUGAUUUGACUGUACCAUGGUUUGAUAUGUUAGUUGACACCAUGACGUCGCAUAUCAAAACAAUAAUGCAAUUGGAAUUUGGGAGAAGCAAAUAUAUGUUCUGUGUUAAACACUAGACGUUUGAAACAAGCUAACCCUGGGGACCCUAUGGUCUCUUCACUCUUGUCUCGACUAAACUCCAUGUCAUAGGAGGAGCAGUGGACCGUUCCCUAUGCCAACCCAGUACUCCUACUGGUGCUAGUCACUCAUCUGCCAGAUUCUGUCUAUGUAAAAUAUAUUGAAAAAUAAUUUUAUAUAAUAUUUUAUUUAAGUAGAGGACAUUUCACAGCUUCACAAUGUUCCUUUUUUUGUAUAUUACAACAUUUAUGUGAGAUAAUUGUUGUUCAUCAGACAAUUAGAAAACAGUCCACACUUGAAGCCUACAUUUGUGCUUCAAUUUAGAAUAUUUCUUUUUAUAGAGGAUUUACUGAAUUCUAACAUUAAUCACAGUCCAAAAUUUGAUGGACUAAUUAUUAUUUUAAAAUAUAUUAAGACAAUAAUUCUAUAUGUUGUCUUAAGAUGGAAAAACAGUUAUUUCAUCUUUUAUUCAAGAAAGUUUUAACUUUAAAACAGCUCAGUAAGUGACUUCUUCUAGAAUUUAAAGUUACAUAUUUAAAGCUGUAUCUUGAUACAGGAAGUGGGAAAAAAACUUAAAAAUUAAUAUAGUGUAUUUUUCCAAAUGAAAAUCUCAUUUGAAAGAUUUGAAAACGUAAAAACUUAAACACACCUUCCUAUGGAGUCUGAGAUGAAAAUUAGGGCUCAUUUUUUUGACAUUUGCUUAUUUUUUGGAAGAGACAAAGGUUUCUUCUGCACUCUGAGUCCAUAGGUCUCAGUGAGUUAAUAGGAGUAUUUUGGACUAUUGCAUAAGGAGCCACUGCUGCCACCACCUUUGGAUUUUAUGGGAGGCUGCUUUAUUGAAUGCUAAACCUUUGGGUAGUCUCCCUGGAUCACAUACCAGGUCAAGGAGGAUCUGUUCUUCCUCCACUUUUUUCCUGGCAUGUGCUAGGGCGACAAAGACAUAAUAACCCCUGCCUAACCUCUGGAGCAUCAGCUGCCAGGACUUGCCCCCAUGAAUAUCCAUGUAUUAUAUACCCUGGUGUAAUCACAUGAAUAUCAUCUAAAGUCCUCGCCCUGGCCCUUACUAUUAGGAAAACAGACAAACACACACACACACACAGACACACACACACACAUUUAUGUGUGUCCUGCACACAUUUAUGUGUGUGUGUUCAUAUACAUAUUGUUUAUAUAUGCAUACGCAUAUUGUAUAUAUAUUCAUACACAAACAUGUAUGUAUACAUAACCUCAAUGGAUCAUAGAAUUACCAUCAUCUGUUGCUCUAUUAACCAUUUAUAGAAAACUUAGAAACAAGAGAAAAGAAAAAUCAGAUCUAAAAAGUUAUUCCUGCUUCCUAUUUAAUAUAGCUGAAGUCAAAGUAUAUAAGAACACAUUGUAAGUACUAUACUUCCAGUUGGCUCUCUGUAUCUAUAGAGGUUGGCUAGUUCCACAUCUAUGGAUUCAACCAACCAAGGAUGGAAAAUAUUUUAAAAAAAUACAAAUAAAAACCAAUGAUAAUAUAAAUAUUGUAAAUUUGUAAAUAACAACUAUUUACAUAGCAUUUACAUUAGGUAUUAUAAGUAAUGUAGAGAUUAAGUAUAUGGGAGGAUAUGAGUAGGUUAUAUGCAAACAUUAUGUCCUUUUAUAUAUGUGACUUGAACAUCUGUGCCUGAUUUUAAUAUGUGCAGGGGGGCGAGCCUGGAAUCAGUCCCUUGUGGAUACCAACACUUACUAGGUGUGAAUUGAGUCUGCGUAUUUUCAGUGAACUUCGCUGUUUCAAAGAAAAUCUAUUGACUAUUCAAGAAAUCAGCUGCAAUCCAUUUAUUUCAUUUACAAAGAUUUAUUAUAAGUAUCUCAAUAAUUGAUUUGUCAGUUUAUCUUAAGUAUCUCAAUUCCUAAAAACAAGUCAUUUUAGUAUUUUUUACCUUUAGGAAUGCUUCACUAGGCAUUCAAAGGUAACACAUUCAAUAACUGAUAUUCCCCUAAAAUAGUUAGAUUUUUAUAAAUGCACAUUAAAUAAUAAAUUAUGACCCACAUUACUUUUGAUGGCUGGAAAUAAAACAAAAAUAAUUGUUUUAGUUAGGAUGGUGCUGACUAAACAUAAAAACUGAUUUCCAUGAGCUCAUGUGUUAUGUCCACAAUGGAAAGAUUUUAGUUUGCAUUUAGUCUCUCUUCCCAAUUUUACAGAUUUCUCACUAUAUAUAUUUCUAGAAAGGAUGAUGUAUAUUCAGUGUAUUGAAAACCAAAGCAACCACAAAUGCAUAAUUUAUGGUCUCCACCAAGGCCACGUAAUAACCCAGUUAACCUUUUCUUUAACCAAGAAUAUUAAGUUCUAUAACUAAUACUCAAGCUUUAACCUUAAAAUUGAGAUUUCCAUAUUGUGCUAAACAUAUAUAAUACAAUGUAACUUCACUGUUCUCCUAAACAUUCUUUUGCUCUAAUCUCUCUGCCAAAAGUCAAAGCGAUGGGAGAACUUGUACACUGAUAUUACUAUGUCUUAAGUCAGAUUUUUAUUUAUGAGUUUUUGAAACCAAAUUCAAUCACCACCAGGUAUCAAAUCAACUUUUAGCAGCAAAUACAUGAUUCUAGUGUCUGACUUCUGUUAAAUUCAAAAAUGCAGUUUUUAAAAACCUGUAUCUAACCCACUUUGUAAUUUUUGUUCCAAUAUCCAUUCUGUAAACUUUUGAACAAAACGUUUUUAAUUUGCCACCCAAUAUAUUCUUUUAAAAAAUUCGUGUUUAUAUGGGAGAAAGGGGAGUAACAACUUGUACAAACAGUAUUUCUGGAGUAUAUUUUAAUGUUU